GAUGUCUGCGAUCGCCCUCAAUCUAACUCAGCAACACUGCCAAGCUGCACGACUUUUGUGACCUACCGGAAGCAUUGCCCUACAUUGAGCGACCUUAGAUUCACGACUCCAGCGAGAACAUCGCUCUCUGGUGGUUCUGAUACCAUGACUUCAUCUAGCUCGAGGCUCCAGCGCAAGAAUGUCACCAAAGCUUGUCUCGAAUGUCGCCGUCGCAAAGCCAAAUGUGAUGGCAAAACUCCUUCGUACUCGAGAUGUGCUGACCGCCUAUAUCACUGUCAAUACGCUGAGGCAGAGGAUGGACGCCGGUCAGCAUCGAGAUGUUACGUCACGCGCCUGCGAGAUCGCAUCUUGAUCCUGGAGCGCGUUUUGCGACACCACUCAAUAGAUAUCGAGACUUCGAUCUCCCAACUCGAGACAACAACAAUACCAGCAAUGCCACAGCGGUGUCCAACUGACGACGAAAGUUGCUCGAAAAGCCCCACAUGGAGUACAGACGAUCUCCUGUCUGCCACUCAAGGCGUGCUGUCUGUCGACCACAAGGUCAGUCUCGAUAUGUAUGGCGAAGCUCAUUACUUCGGCCCAACAAGUGGCAGAUUGGAGUUCCGCAAUCUUCAAACAGAAGAUGACUAUGGUGGUACAGAUAGCCAUGCGUUUCAGAGACCCGAGGCCGUGGAGUUCGGGAUUCACAGCACGCGAAAUUCUUACAAUCACCUAGUCAACUCUAUCGAAGAAGAUGGUUCCAUCUCUGAAGAGCUAAAGUACCAUCUGAUCGAUUUGUAUUUCACCUGGGAACAGCCCUGGUUUCAGGUAGUCGAUGAGCGUUUAUUCCGGCAAGCCGAAAAAACUGAUGGUCGAUACUGCAGUCCACUAUUACUGAAUAGCAUCAUGGCUCUGGGCUCGAGAUACUCCGACAGAAUAGACGUUCUGACGGAUACUAAUGACCCCUCUACAGCUGGCGGAUUCUUCCUUGAGAAGGCCGAGAUCUUACUGCACUAUCAUUUGAAGUGGCCCGACAUCACAACGAUUCAAGCGUUGGCAAUACUAUCCAUUGUAUACAUCGCACAUGGAAAUGAUUCACUGGGUUUGCUUCACCAACAUAUGGCCAAGGGUAUGGCAAUCGACAUGGGAUUCAAUCUGGAUCCGGCAGCCCUUGCAGACUCUCUUGCGCUGCCACCUGACGAGAUUGAGCUUAGGAGACAAAUUUAUUGGUCAUUGUAUUGUCACGAUAAGCUAGCUGGUGCAUUCGUCGGUCGGACAUGUACAAUGCUGAGCUGUCAAGGCGCCGUGAGGCUACCCUCGCUUGCAGUGUGGUCCGAACCAUCUGCCACCACCGACAAUGAGCGAUCAGUAGCAACCAAGGCCAACAAAUUAGGGUUGCAGUUGGGCUUGAUCAAAAUUUGUCAGAUCCUCGAGCGCAUCCUUGUCAACCUGUAUGCACCGACGCCCACACUAACCACCGGGCAACAAAGAGGGUUCCUCUCCCCAAGAUCUCUAGACCUUGAGAACUGGUCAUACGAUCUGCCUUCGACGAUGCGUGCGAACCAGAUUGAUCGAGGUGUUUGGGCGCCGCAGACUUAUCUGCUCCAUAUGGUGUUCCAGACUGCCCAGAUACUUCUCAUGAAACCCUUCACAAGCCCAAAGUAUAUGGGUUUGUCCACUCAAGCAGCCGCCUCCAACGCCGAGACUGCGGAGAGGAUUUGUCAUCGAGCGGCCGUCGAUCUAUGUGUCACUGGAAAGAAAUAUCAACAACACAUUGGUACCUUCAGAGAUAGUCCCAUAACUGCAACUCACUGCGUUCUUUACGCGGCACUUGUUCUGCUUCGGCAGCAGGAUGAGUCUGAGAUCACUGCCACAAAAGAUGGUUCGACGGCCAUAAGCACAUGUCUCUUGAUAUUACAAGAAUUGUCUCGCCCAGCCAGCUGCCUCGCUAUCAAAACAUAUAUACAAAGUCCGCGGUUAUUGAAUCUGAAUAUGCCGUCAUGCAGGCUUUCAUCAAGGCGAGCCAAUUCCUGUAUCAUUUCAUCGCUGCCUGCUCCUGCUUUCUCAAUCGCAUUCAAGAUUGUGCCGCAGCUAGAUAUGUUGCAUCUUCCAGAGAUAGCUCACCAUUGACGCGCACGACAGUCUUACCAACACAAACGUGAGUGAGAUAUUCUUGCAUAUGGUCUGGAACAUCGCUCAGGGGGAUUUCAUAAACACAUGGUCUGAUGAAGUCAGUUCUGAUCAAGUCGAGUACCUCAUAUACGUCUUUC